CUCAUCACCACCAUUGCAAAUUCUAAAUUCUAAUUCAACACCCAUAUCUUCAAAUCGAACCUUUCCAUAAUUCUGCUUGGACAAUUAGUACGCGAAUGAAGUAAUUAACCCAAAUUGUUUGAAUAAUCGAUCAAGAUAUUAUCCAGGACAUGAGAGACAGAAUGUUUUCCGACGACACCAGCCUACCUAGGGCCAGUAAUUUCGGCAACCUCGUCCAUUCCGAUCCCAACAUCUCGGCCAACGCCAUGUCCCCCGACGUCCUUCACGAAUACCAAAUGCGAAACAGUAGCGCCGCUCCCUUCGACCCCAACCGGCUCAGCGGCGAGGGCUCUCCGAUAGCCAUGUCACCGUGGAACCAGACCGCCGCUUCUCCCUUCACCAAAUCAUCGUGCACGCCGUUCGAAGAGAAUGUCCCGAAGAACGGGCUCAUCGGCUCUCUCAUUCGAGAAGAAGGCCACAUUUACUCCCUGGCCGCCACCGAAGAUCUCUUGUACACCGGCUCCGACAGCAAGAACAUCAGAGUUUGGAAGAAUCUCAAGGAGUACAGCGGUUUCAAGUCCAACAGCGGACUUGUCAAGGCGAUUGUUAUCUCAGGAGAGAGGCUGUUCACUGGUCACCAGGACGGCAAGAUUAGGGUUUGGAGAGUCUCCACCAAAGACCCUAAAGUUCACAAACGGGCCGGAACUUUCCCGACUAUGAUGGACAUUUUCAAGUACUCGGUGAAACCCAAGAACUACGUCCAAGUAAGGAAACAGAAGACGCUUUGGAUCAGACACUCCGACGCGGUUUCAUGUCUGAGCUUGAGCGAAGACAAGAAGCUGUUGUAUUCAGCCUCAUGGGACCGCACGGUCAAAGUGUGGCGGAUCGAAAGUUCUAAAUGCAUUGAGUCCAUCCACGCCCAUGACGACGCCGUGAACUCCGUCGUGGCCAGCGUUGAGGGGUUGUUGUACACCGGAGCGGCGGACGGCACGGUGAAGGUGUGGAAGAGGGAGCAGAAUGGGAAUAUGAUGAAGCAUUCUUUGGUGCAAACUCUGCUGAAGCAAGAGAGCGCGGUGACUGCACUCGCUGUGAGCGCGUCUGGGUCUAUUGUGUAUUGUGGGUCGUCGGAUGGGUUGGUUAAUUUCUGGGGGAGAGAGGAGCUGUUAUCUCACGAUGGGGUGCUCAAGGGUCACCGGCUGGCUGUGCUGUGCUUGGCGGCGGCUGGGAACUUGGUGUUCAGCGGCUCGGCUGAUAAGACAAUAUGCGUGUGGAGAAGGGAGGGCGUGAUUCACACGUGCCUGUCGGUUUUGGCGGGUCACAGUGGGCCGGUGAAGUGCCUGGCCGUUGAGGAGGAUCGUGAGCCGUCGACGAGGGGAGAUCAACGGUGGAUUGUGUAUAGUGGGAGCCUCGAUAAGUCUGUGAAGGUGUGGGGGGUGUCGGAGCAAGCGCCGGAGCUCACUCCUGUGACCAUGCAGAGCCGUACACCCCAGUUGAUUACCGACAACGACUCGCUGCCUUCCGAUGGAAGUUACUCGUCGACCAGGACCCGGCGGUGAUUUCUGUAAUCUAAACACCAGUUGCAGAAUGACACGUGU